AUGCUAGGUGUCAAUGCCCUCGUCAUUUCCAAUUCGCCAGGAACGGCAGAUGGCCCUAGAGCCCACAUUGUCAACCCAUUUGCCCUUGAAUGUCUUCGAGAUCUCGGACUGGAGCAAGACGCCGUCGCUCAUGGAGUCCGUGGAAAGGCCAUGUCGUCUAUGCGCUGGUCUGGCACCAUGGUCGGGGAGGAUUACGGCAAAGUCCACGCCUGGGGCGAAUCUCCCAAGACUGCGCACGACGUGAGGAUAGCCUCUCCCUGCGAGUUCCUCGAUUUGCCGCAAUACUGGAUGGAGCCGCUGCUCGUCCGCUACGCAACCCACCAUGGUGUCGAGAUGCGCUUCAAGACGGAACUCGUCAGCUUCGAGCGCGAGGAGAGCUCAGGCGCCAUAAUGUGCACGCUCAGGGACCUGACAACGCAACAUACGUACCUCGUACAGACCACAUACCUAUUCGGGGCCGACGGAGCGCGCAGCGUGGUGGCGCACUCGUCGGCUGCCAACUUCUCGUUUGAUCACAAGCCCUCCAAGGGUAUGGCAUGCAACAUCCUGCUCAAGGCCGACCUGUCGCGCGUCACCAACGCAGCCGAGCGCUUUGGUGGUUUGAACUGGCUCAUGCAGCCGGACCUCAAGGCGCGUUUCGGCAUCGCCCCGGCGCUGCGCAUGGUCAGGCCUUGGCACACAUGGCUCAUGGUUGCCUUUGCGCCGGGAGAAAAGGAUGACCCAUUCCAGGGUCUGACCCCUACCAGCCCCCGCCUGCUCGAGUUUUUGCGUCUGAGCAUCGGAGACCCAGACGUCGACAUCGAGGUGCUCAAGGUGGACCCGUGGAUGAUCCGGGAGUCGGUAGCGCUCAGCUUUGGCUGCGGAAGCAAAAAGCAAGACGACGACGGCGACGAGGGCAAGGACGACGGCCAUGACAUUUUCAUCCUGGGCGACGCGGCCCACCGACACCCACCAUCGUACGGGAUGGGUAGCAACACGGGAAUCCAGGACGCCUACAACCUGGGCUGGAAAGCCGCGUUCGUGGCCCGGGGCCUGGCUGGCGCGUCUCUCCUCAACAGCUACAGUGCGGAGCGGCAGCCGGUCGGUGCAGACCUUGUGCGCAUCUCAAACGAGGGCAUGGUCUCGCACUUUGCCGUGUGGGAGCAGCUGGGCAUGAUGGCACCCACGGCCGAGGACGGGCUGCGGCAGGUCCAGGAGCUGAGCGAGGCGAGCGCGGCCGGUGCGGAGCGCAGGGCGAAGCUCCACGAGGCACUUGAGAACAUGCGUAGCGAGUGCGAGAGCUUAGGGCUGAACAUGAACCAGUGGUACCAGUCCGGGGCCAUCUAUCUGGACGACGAGCCUGCGCCGCGGCCCGAGCUCAGGGGAGACCCGGUGGUCGACAUACAAAUCAGCACCUACCCGGGCGGCAGGCUCCCGCACGCGUGGCUCAAAGUACCGAAGUGCGGCAACGAACCAUCGACCCAGGACCUUGCGGGCGGCGGGUCGUUCUGUCUGCUGACAGGACACGGCGGAGAGGCCUGGCGCGAAGCGGCGGACGCAAUCGCCAAGGAGACGGGGAUUCCGAUCAAGACGGUUGCAAUUGGAUUCGGGCUUGAUUACCAUGAUGUUAAUCGUCAAUGGGCUGCGAGGCGAGAGGUAGGCGAGGACGGUUGUGUGCUUGUGCGACCGGACCGUUUCGUGGCGUGGAGGGCCACCGGAGCCGUUGCCGACUGCAAGGCUAAACUUGGCGUUGUUCUGGACCGGAUCCUGUCGAGAGAGGAGCUAUAA